UUCAGAUUAUGGGCCGAAAUUUUCGAGGUGCGAGAAGGUAGUGAUGGGGGCGAAACAUUUUGGGGGCGAGUGUCUGAAGACGUUGUACCCAUUAAUGUAUCUUUGGUGCAGGAUGGAUCGGACAUGACAACGUUCCAGUUGAUGGCCUACAACAGACUGGUCGAGAAGAUAUUUGACGUCCAGCUCUGCCAACCUGGCACACGGAUCAUCCAGGCUUCCGACUGUUUUGUCCACUGGCGAGACAGCAAGCAGGAUAAAGAAUGGGGACUCAAUUUCACUAUCGCACAGGAUGCCAGGAAGUUCCGGGAUUGUUGCACUGUUUGUUCUGAUGAUGAUGCUGAUGACGACGAUGACGAUGAUGAUGAUGUUGCUGAUGACGUUAAUGAUAAUGAUGAUGAGGACUGA